AUGUGCAUACGCAUCUGCACAGGUGUUCCGGAUCUCAUUUCUUCAUCUGCUGUCAAGGAAGAAGUUACCCCCAUGAUGCAUAAAAUGAACAGUGUGCACGCCAAAAAAAAAGUUCGCCAGUAUUCAGAUGAGUACUUGCUGUUUGGGUUCAUACCAGCGACUCAUGAUGAAAGGUUGCCUUUUUGUCUGUUGUGCCACCAAUGUUUGACUAAUGAAUCCAUGAAGAGAGGUCGUCUCGAAAAUCAUUUGAAGGCAAAACACAGUAUUCAUGUUAAUUCAAAACUGGAGUAUUUUAAAUCCCUAAAGGAGAAGUUUGAAAAAAGAUCAACAAUAAAUUCAUUGUUCUCUGCAAGAAGUGCAAGCAAGGAUCGUGGUCUUGAGGCUAGUUAUGAAAUUUCUCUUCUCAUAGCAAAAUGUGGCAAAAAUCAUACAAUAGGGGAGAAUUUAAUUAAGCCCGCAAUAUCAACUUUUCUGAAAGUAGUUCUUGAAAAAGAUGACCAAGAUCUCAAAAGCAUGCCGCUCAGUAAUAAUACUGUUAGUAGCAGGAUUGAUGAAAUGAGUUGUGAUGUAGAAGUACAACUUGUUGAAAAAUUAAAAUAUACAAAUUUUUCAAUACAGUUGGACGAAUCAACUGUAAGAGAUAGUGAAGCUCUGUUAAUGGCCUAUGUAAGAUAUGUUGAUAAUGGAGAAUUUAUUGAGGAUAUGCUAUUUUGCGAAGCAUUAGAAACCACCACUAUUGCAAUUGAUAUAUAUAGGAAAUUAAAAACAUAUUUAGAUAAGCAGAUACCAAUGGAGAACAUUAUAUCUUGUGCUGCAGACGGUGCUCCAGUGAUGAUGGGCAAGAAAAAUGGAGUUUUAAAAUUAUUGAAAGACGACAAUCCCCAAAUGUUGUUAGUGCAUUGUGUUAUUCAUAGACAGAAUUUAGUUUCCAAAAACGUUUCCCCUGUUCUAAACGAGACAUUGAAUGCAGUUAUAAAAUGCAUCAACACUAUAAAAGCUAAUGCCAAAUGUGAGCGUCUUUUCAAACAAUUUUGCAAGGAUCAAAAUGCAGACGAUGUAAGAUUAUUACUUCAUACUGAUGUAAGGUGGUUAUCAAAUGGGAAUUGCCUGAAAAGAUUCAUGGAAUUAUUUGAUAUUCUUAGUGAGUUCUUGGAUGACAAACCUUAUAUGACUCUGUUACUGACAGUUGAUGGUAAAGCACUUGUCAGUUAUUUAGCAGAUAUAUUUGAAAAACUCAAUGUCUUAAAUAAGGAGCUCCAAGGAACAAAUAUGACUUGUUAA